UCCUCCGUGCAUGAGACUUCAGUGAGAAACCAGCGAGACAGACUUGCAAUUGGAUCCUACACAAGUCAGUCCCACAUGUGGGUGGGCGGUGGACUCAGAGCUGCACACCCAGUAAAGUAAAGUUUGUACAACAAAAGCUUGCGGGGAAGUUGCACAUGCGAGCGCACGCGAAUUAUACUUACACCUCAGUCUACACGCGCUAAAAGUGGAAACACAUUUCGGACCCUGUUUAGCUUUCAUUUAAGACACAAUGAGGUCGUGCUUGUGGAUUUUCGUCCUUGGGAGUUUAAUCGUGACUGGAGUCAAGAUGCAAGAUUCUCCAGCAGAUGACCUUGUGCCAGAGGAAUCAGCCGUUCCUGAUGAAGCUGCAGAUGCUGAAAAACCAGCUGAAGAUCCUGCACCUGAAGAAACACCAGAGGAAACACAUGAGGAAACACCUGAGGAAACACCUGAAGAAACACCUGAGGAAACACCUGAAGAAACACCUGAGGAAACACCUGAAGAAACACCCGAGGAAACACCUGAAGAAACACCUGAGGAAACACCUGAAGAAACACCUGAGGAAACACCCGAGGAAACACCUGAAGAAACACCCGAGGAAACACCUGAGGAAACACCUGAGGAAACACCUGAGGAAACAGCAGAAAAGGCAGCAGCUCCUGCAGAGCCUGAAGCUGAAGACACAAACCCUGACACAGGUACACUUCAUUUACUACAGGUUUCACCAAUUAUUCAGUCACCAAAGAAAAUCAAGAUGUGCUUUAGUGUCGACCCAAAUCAUUUUAACCCCAGACGCCUCUUCACAAAAACGCCAAAGAAAAACAAGCCUGGAAAAGUCAUAGAAAUUCAUCGGUCGGUGGGCUGGGAAGCCUGUAAUAAUCGUGUGGUUUGGACUAUGACGUAUUUUCCUCUCUAUUGCCGUUUCGCUGAAAAAACAGACGCAGAAGAUCAGACAUGCUGGUCUGGCAACUAA